UUGCACUGUACAUGUGCACUUGAAUAUUUUGAUUCUAGUUUAUUUACAAUUUUGCCGAAUAUUGAGAAGUACUGCUGAAAAAUGAACGUUAGCGAGGAUUUUAAGCCGGUGCCCACGCGAGCAGCCCUGGCUAUGCAGAAAAAGCAGGCAAACAGCGAAUUUCAGGCGAUGGUGUUUCACGAACCGCAGGGCACUUCGAAAAGUGGAGCCAAAAGGCAGGAGGAAGGAUUCCAGAAAACAAAGCGGACCAAGGAAGCCGGUAAUGAGCUGAAUCCUGAGUUUGAUAUUAAGAAAGCGCGACAUGAGAUCCUCAAUUUCGCGAUGAAAAACCAGCGGGUCAUCAAAAACAAGACCAAAAUGGAAAUGUUUCAGCUGGUCAAGCUGGGCGCUAAGCCUUUAAGGAAACAGGCGAAAAACUACAAGGAUCUGAAGGACGAACGCCAGCGGCUGAACAACAUUCGCGAGGAGCGAAAGAAGUUUCAUCAGUUGGGAAAAAAUCAAACGGGGGCCGCCAGUGUCAAAUGUCGCAGUAAAUCGCAAAAGCAGCGCAAUGACAAGAAACGAGCACCCGUUUCCCAGAUCGAUCAGCACUACGGCAAAGCGCAACCCAAAUUCAAGACAAGAAAAUAGAUGUAAUAUAGUCUAAAUAUAAUUAAUAAACCCAAUUUAGUUUAGAAA